AUGACUGAGUCAAGCGAACCGAUAAUCCAGCAGAUAGAACCCACCUCAAGAAACAACCAGAGAACCACAAAAGUACCUUUGUUCGGCAUGCCUCAGAGUCUUGGUCCGCCAAGAGAGACACCACAACCCAGAGCUAUGGCAACCCCUAGCCAGGGCCAGGGCAUCCCAGUUCCAACCAGUGCCUCACUAGCACGAUUGGGGGCACAGUUCUCACCCGACCAGAUUCGCACAGCCAUAGAAGUCCUGACCUUCCUUACUCAGACAACACCACAAGCCCAGGUCAUGAGGACAGCCCCAGAGGUUGAGGUUGAGCAGAGGAGAAAACGUCCCAGACCCCAAAACAGUCCGAACGUCUGGAGGAGGAAUCUGCAGCAGGAGAUGGAAGGGGCUGACAGCCAAGAAUAUGAGGCAGAAAGUAUCACGCCUAGCAGAGCUCAACCCAGAGCAAGGACCGAACAAGCACCCAGCCAGAGGCACCACUCCGGGUCAGGUAUGCCAAAUCCCUCCCGAGCAAUAGUUAAACCUGAUAAUUCCCCCUUCUGUGAUGAGAUACUCUCGGAAAAAAUGGAAAAGAUAAAAAUGCCCACCUGCAAAUAUUCCGGAAAGUCAGACCCAACGAAUCACCUCUCUGCCUUUGGAGGACACAUGAUGCUAUAUACCAAUACAGACUCUAUGUGGUGUAAGGUCUUCCCUUCCACUCUGGAGGGGAUAGCACAGAGCUGGUUCGGUAAAAUACCCAAGGGCACCAUAACCUCUUUCCGGCAGUUAGCCAUCUUGUUUCGCACCCAAUAUGUGGCAAACAUUGCCAGAGAAAGGAUGACAGGGGAGCUGAUGUCAGUCAUCCAAGGACCUCAGGAAUCUCUGAGGGAGUACAUAUCCAGAUUCAAUAUGGAGGCAUCGAAUAUACCCAAGUUACAGCAAGAGGUAGCAGUCCUGGCUAUGAUGACUGGUCUGCGGGAUGGAGAAUUCAAGAGCUAUCUGGGCAGAAAGUCAUUCACAACCCUGGCAGAGGUACUGGGGAAGGCAAAUGAAUUUAUAAAAAGUGAAGAGAUUGGCAGAGCAACCUCACGACGAUAUGUGGCAAGUGAGAACAAUUACGGUAGUCAGAGCAAAAAAGAGCCGUACAAAAAAGAAUACCCAGACAAAAGAGAAAAUCAGCAGCCCAGAAAAGAUUGGCACGGGCAGGUCAGAGGAAGAGGUAGUGAGUUCAAAACUGAAAAGCGAGGCAAAUUCAACGAAUACACUCCUCUGGUUGCAUCCAGAACCCAGAUUUUUGCUAUCAGCAAGGAGGAUGAGAAAUGGCAGAGACCACCGAAAAUGUACAACAAAUACAGGGACACGAAGAAGUACUGUGAUUUUCACAAGGAUCAUGGUCAUCUCACAGAGGAAUGCACUCACCUGAAAGAUAACAUUGAGGACCUGAUCCGAAGGGGGUACCUAACACAAUUUAAGGCAAAGAGCUCAUAUAGCAGGACCUACGAAAACAGGGAUGAUGAGGGUCGAUUUGAUAACAGAAAGACAGAGCAAAAGCAGAACCACCCAGCAGAUCAGAAGAGGUCGAAUGAUAUACUGGUCAUAACAGGAGGACCAGUUUACGCUGGUACUACAGCCAGCGGUGCUAAGGCCAGUGUGAGCGAAUUUAAACACCAGGUUAAUUACCAUAACUCAGGAAAAUGGCCUGCCCCUCCAAAAAUCCCACAGUGCACCUUUACAGAAGAUGAUUGUAAGGGCAUAAUUUAUCCCCAUGAUGACCCAAUGGUGUUAGCUCUGGAUGUGGCUAACAGAAAAAUCCAUCGAAUCCUGAUAGACGGAGGUAGCUCUGCAAACAUUCUAUUCUGGCCAGCUUUCCAAGAGCUGCAGAUUGAAGAAAAGCACGUAAAACCAGUUAGCUACCCAGUAAUUGAUUUCACAGGGGCAACGGUGAUACCAGAACGAAUAGUCAGCUUACCUGUCCAAAUUGGGCAGGGGAAAGAUAUCAAGGAUGUCAUGGUUGAUUUCAUGAUAGUGAAAGUACCCGCAGCAUACAACGCCAUUCUACUUAUCACCUCACCAUGA